GCCCGCUCGGACUUCCGGUUCCAGAGCUGGACUGGGAGGCUGGAGAGCCGGGUCUGGGGCCCGACCCUAAGAGGGUGAGGCUGGCCCGGGGGCAGAGAUGCGAGUGGGUUGAGGGGCAACCCCAAGAAGGAGACGCUAUCUGGGGUGGCCAGAGGGUGCUCUCGGGGCGCUUUAGCUCGGUCGGAGACCUCUGGAGGGACCGCACGACGGCUCCGAGAGUGACCUGGCCGGAGGGACCGAAGACAAAGAGGCCGGAAUCCCGCACCCGCCGCUCCUAGAGUCGAGUCCCGCUCCCGCGAAUCCCGCAGCACCCGGAACCCCUGGCCAGCAACCGAACUGGUCCUCAGGAGACCCAUUACUACUGCCCCCUCGGACUCCCUCUCUUCACCAACUCAGUGUGACUCCCCACGCCCACCGGCCCUCGCUUCAGGAACCCAAACCAAUCCUCCUAGUGCGCGAGGUUUCCCGUCAGUAGUUCCCCGAGUAGUUGCUGAGCGGUUACUUAGGCUGUGAGGGAAAACAAAGACCCAGUAUUCAGUACUUUAUUUUUGUCCCGGGUGGGAAUUGGUAGUUGUGUAGUCUGAGGAGGCGGGGAGGAUGUAAACGGUCCCCGGAAGGACUGCGGAGGUACUGGGGGAGAUCAGCUGCCACCCGCUGGACAGAGGCUUUUUGCCUUCAGCAAGAGGGUGACUUGCCUUUAGAUUCUCUCCAGCUCCAGGUCUCCCAUAUGGUUCGAACUCACUAUGCAACAUUGGUCAGGGGAGCUGACUGGGAUCAGGUCUGGGGGGAGGUGGAAGAAGGGCAGACAAUACUUUAUACUUUGCUGCUUCCCGGGGCUGCCUUGAAAGUCGCCCCAAAAUGGUAGCUUUUGAAAGGUCUCCUUCAUGCUGUUUGGCUUGCUGUCCUUAAGUUGGUGCUACCUCACAUGGCCACGUGGAGUAUAUGGGAAGUCAAACCAACCCUUGGCAAGACUUCAGACAUAUGAGUGAGUGUAUUUCUUCUGAUAGUGCCAUCUCUCUCUACCCUAGGAAGAAACUCUUCUUACAGUUGAGAGACUCAUCUGCAGGUGAUUCUCCAAGGACAUGGGAAAAUAGGUGUAAGCCCUCCAACCCUUAAGUGGAGGGAAGCUGCUUUCUACUGUGAAUGAUGGCCAAACCCAUUCUGAGAGGGAAUGGCACUAACUCUGAGACGUUCCGACAGCGCUUCAGGAGAUUUCACUACCAGGAGGUAGCCGGGCCCCGGGAGGCUUUCAGCCAACUCUGGGAACUUUGCUGUCGUUGGCUAAGGCCGGAGGUGCGCACCAAGGAGCAGAUUGUAGAAUUGUUGGUGCUAGAGCAGUUCCUGACCAUCUUACCUGGGGAGAUCCAGAAUUGGGUACAGGAGCAAUGUCCAGAAAGUGGAGAGGAGGCAGUGGCUCUGGUGGAAGAUUUAGAAAGAGAGCCUGGAAGACCUGGACUUUCGGAGUCAGUGGAACCCCAGCCCAGGGGUGUAACCAAGAAAGAGAGGGCAAGGAGCCCAGACCUGGGACCACAGGAGCAGAUGAACCCAAAGGAGAAGCUCAGACCUUUUCAAAGGAGCGGAUUUCCAUUUCCUAAAUCCGGUGUGGUCUCCAGGUUGGAGCAAGGAGAGCCCCCUGAUCUGGGCUCCAAGGAGAAGGAACUAUCAAGAGGCAGUCACACAGGAGAAAGACAAAUGCAUGCUGAUCUGUUAUCACCCAAGAGAGAGAGAAGAAGCUGGGUAGACCAGGAUCACUGGGGCUUUGAGGAUGAGAAGGUAGCAGGAGUGCACUGGGGCUAUGAAGAGACCAGAACCCUCCUUGCAAUUCUCAGUCAGACUGAGUUUUAUGAGGCUCUCCGAAACUGUCAUAGAAACAGCCAAGUGUAUGGGGCUGUGGCUGAGCGGCUCCGGGAGUAUGGCUUCCUUCGGACAUUGGAACAGUGUCGGACCAAGUUCAAAGGUCUCCAAAAGAGCUAUAGGAAAGUCAAGAGUGGUCACCCACCUGAAACCUGCCCCUUCUUUGAAGAGAUGGAGGCCCUGAUGAGUGCCCAAGUCAUUGCAUUGCCCAGUAAUGGCUUGGAAGAGGCAGCCUCUCACUCUGGCCUGGUGGGCAGUGAUGUUGAGACAGAGGAGCCAGGGCAAGAGGGCUGGCAGCAUGAGGAAGCAGAAGAGGCUGUGGCUGAAGAGUCGGACAGUGAUGAAAUGGGCCAGGAGGCCACCCCCCAAGUCCCUGACAACUCAUCUGCCCCUGUUCUUUUUCGAAGUCCCAGUGGUGUGCACUGGGGCUAUGAAGAGACAAAGACUUACCUUGCAAUUCUUAGUGAGACUCAGUUCUACGAAGCCCUCCGGAACUGUCACCGCAACAGCCAGCUGUAUGGAGCAGUGGCUGAGCGGUUAUGGGAAUAUGGAUUCUUAAGGACACCAGAGCAGUGUCGGACCAAGUUUAAAAGCCUACAGACCAGCUAUCGGAAAGUCAAGAAUGGCCAAGCACCAGAGACCUGUCCCUUCUUUGAAGAGAUGGAUGCUUUGGUGAGUGCCAGGGUUGUUGCCCCACCUAGUGACAGCCAGGAAGAAGAGACAGCCUCUUGCCCCACCCAGACCACCAGUGAGACCAAAGCUGAGAAGCAAGCUGAGGCUGCAGAAGAGACCAUAGAAGAAGAUUCUGAGGAUGAUGAAGAGGAUACUGAGGUACCCCUGGGGGUUGUCAUGACCCGUGCUCCAGUCUUAUUCCAGAGCCCCAGUGGUUUUGAGGCUGGAUUUGAUAAUGAAGAGAAUCUAAAACGAGAUAUUUCUGAGGAAGUACAACUACAUAGAACAUUACUUGCAAGGUCUGAAAGGAAACUGUCCCGGCAUCUUACUCAGGGUAAAGGUGGUGAGAGUGAAUGUAAAUCAGGACAACAGUGGGCAACGACCCCAGGGGAGAGAAGAGGAAAACCAACACUCCCAGAGAGGAGUUUAGGUAAAGUUCUAAAUCAUCAGAGACCUUACUUGGGAGAGAGACCCUGUAAAUAUCUCAGAUACAGCAAAAACUUUGUUCCAAAUUCCCACCUCAUGCAUCAGAUAUCUCAUCAAGUAGAAAAUCCAUAUAAAUGUGCUGAUUGUGGAAAAAGCUUCAGUCGGAGUGCACGCCUCAUCAGACACCGCAGAAUCCACACUGGAGAGAAACCUUACAAGUGUCUUGACUGUGGGAAAAGUUUCCGUGACAGUUCAAAUUUCAUCACCCACAGGAGAAUCCACACAGGAGAAAAACCCUAUCAAUGUGGUGAGUGUGGAAAACGCUUCAAUCAGAGCUCAAGCCUUAUAAUUCACCAGAGAACCCACACAGGAGAAAAGCCCUAUCAAUGUGAAGAGUGUGGAAAAAGCUUCAACAAUAGUUCUCAUUUCAGUGCACAUCGGAGGAUACACACAGGAGAGAGACCUCAUGUGUGUCCUGACUGUGGAAAGAGUUUCAGUAAGAGUUCUGACUUACGUGCACACCAUAGGACCCACACAGGAGAGAAACCCUAUGGGUGUCAUGACUGUGGCAAAUGCUUCAGUAAAAGCUCUGCCCUUAAUAAGCACCGAGAGAUCCAUAUGCGAGAAAAACUUCUGUCACAGUCAGCACCUAAGUAAGCCCCUGAGAAUUUAAAGAAAAGAUACAUGCAUUGAAAUUGUUAGGAAAAGUCUUCCAAUAGUAGAUCCAUCUCCUAGCUCCAACGAGCUUAGGAAACCCUCUAAGAUUUACCCCACUUUGUCCAUGUUUUUCCUGGGUCUAUGAAUUCCUAAGGUAGUUAUCUUAAGAAUGAAAGGAAGAUUUCAGUCUCUCUCCUUGCCUUCACUGGAAAUGAGAAAUAACACCUUUAUCUCUCAGUGCCUAUGUUGUUUCCUUAAUAGAGAGGAUGUAGUAGUAGAUCCCAUGUAUUUAUUUAUCCUGAUACUCAGCUGCAUUUCAACUGGAAAAACUUACCAUGACAGCAUUUCAGAGAGAGGUCGUGAGCCUUAUUCUGAGUGGGUCUAGCUUUUUAUAAAAUAAUGGAAAUGCAAAAAAGUGGCUUUUUUUGUUCAUAUAAGUCUGUGCUCAGAAUGACAUCUGUCAUGUCCACUCUUCAUUUACCUUAAAGAAUUUAAUAUCCAUCUUGGUUCUGACCUAUGAAUCAUCUUGUUAAAAGCCAGGUGUUCUAUAUGGGGAAACAGUAUAAACUUUAUAUAAAUAUUGAGGUGUGAACCCUGGAUUUCUUAAUUUCUUCAAAGCUCUGGAAUAUAAUAAUAUAUUUAGAGCAUUCUAGAUAGAUUUUUUUUUCUUCUAUUCCAUCUGAUACGAAUUUCAUCUGUCCCUGCUGGUCCAGAAGUGCAAAGAGCUAGCCAGCGGGGUAUGUUGAUAUGAGAGAAGGCAUUUAAAGCUGCCAGUAGGGGGCUGUCUGCAUUUCGCACACUCUAAACACCUAGUAUAGUGUUACACCCCAUGGUCACUGAAUACUCAUGUGCAUUGAGCAGAAACAACUGCCACAUACCCAUGAGUUAGGAAACAGACCACUUUGUGCCAAUAACUCUUUACCCUAAUGGCAAGGAGGACAGAUUAUCUUUGGUCACUGGAGUUGCCAAUACUUGCACACAUGCACAUAUUCAACUGUCUAGAUCUAAUUUUUUAAAAAGAUUUUAUUCAUUUGUCAGAGAGUGAGAGAGAGAGCACAAGCAGGGGGAGCAGCAGGCAGAGAAGCUCCUGAGCAAGGAGGGAGCAUCCUGCUGAUGCAGGACUCAUGUACAGAUUUAUUUCUAAAAGCUCUUCAAACACAAGUGUAAUUCUGAUCUAUAUAAUCAAAUAGUAUUGAAUAAUUGCCCACCUGUUCAUAGCAGUAAUGAUGAGCCCUGUACAGCACAAGGUAAAUAAGCCCUGUCCUUAUUUUUAUAACCUAAAACAGAUGACACUGACAUGGACAAAUAAUAAAUGCACAUGUAGAGCUGCAAUAGUUUUAGAGAAAUCUAUAAAUCUAGUAACAUUUUGCAUAAAUGUUAAGGUCUAAUGCAUUAUAGUUUUCUAUAAGAAAAACCUGGGAGGAUUUUCUUCUCUUUAUUCAGGAAGGCUUCAUGAAACAGCAAGUGUUCAAGGAAGGAAGGUUACUGGGUAAGUUAGGGUGGGAUGAAAUCCCCAAACCAAUCACAAAACUGAGUGUUGAGUGGGUGAGAAAUGGGAAAAUUGGAGAGCAAGGUGUUUUACGCAGAUGGAGCCAAGAGCAAAGGACAGACUGUAAGGAAAAUUAAACAAAUCUUGGAGCUGCACAAAAUCUGAGGAAUAGUAUUAUCUAGGCUACGCACGAGGCAGAGAACUGCCUUAACUGGGACAUGGAGUACCAGAGGCAGAUCAGGAUGUGGUCCCAUCCACCUAUAAUAAAUCAGAUACUGCGCUGUUCUUAUUGAUGAAAGAGCCAGCUUGCACUAGAGAAGAAGAAUGAGCUGUUUGAGGGGACUAGCUCCUAUGGGAGACAAAGGUCAGAAACUAGUAUCUUAAGAAGAUACUACAGGGGGCAGGUCUGAGGAAAUGUGAACAGAUGGCUAAGGUCUAGGAUAAGUAGCUGUUUCAUAUUCAUAUAUAAUCAGAGUCCUAUGGCUGGAAUGAGGUAUCAAAGAGGAAUAGGGAGAUAGAAUAUUCUGUCAUUCAUAGCUUGCUAUGUUAGGUGAGAGGUUGAGUAGGGUUCUGGUAUUGAGGGAUCAUACUACAAAGAAUUUCCUAAUGUUUAUUAGGACAAGAUGGUAUCUCAAUUAUGUGGCCUAAGGAGACAGGAAGAUAGAAGAAACACCAAUCUAAAGCAGUGCCUCAGGAUUUGAGAUGGUUUAGUAAGUGUGUCUUUUAAAUGUGUUUUUUUUUUUUUAAUAUGGGAGAUUACUGUCUUUAGUAUAUUUAUGGAUAGUUGUGUAUAAAAAGUACUGGUUGGGGGUAUCAGCAGAUAUGAAUUCCGGUUCCAGAUGUCUUGUGUGUAAGUCAUCCUGUUUCCAUCUCCCUUUCUGUAAAGCAGAAUAAUGUUUACACCUUAAUCUGCCUCUCAGGGAUACCAUGUUAAUAAAAAUUAAUGUCUAUAAAGUA